AUGGCCUCUUUCAACCCCACCCAGAUCUUCGAGGAGGGCACGACACAGGAAAAGGGCGAAAAUGCGCGUCUCGCCGCGUUUGUGGGCGCGAUUGCCGUGGGCGAUCUGGUGAAGAGCACACUCGGCCCCAAGGGCAUGGACAAAAUUUUGCAGUCGGCGUCGACUGGCGAGAUUAUGGUCACGAACGACGGCGCGACGAUCCUGAAAGCUAUUGCCCUCGACAACGCGGCGGCGAAGGUUCUGGUGAAUAUUUCCAAAGUCCAGGAUGACGAGGUUGGUGAUGGCACUACAUCGGUUGCUGUCUUGGCGGCCGAACUGCUGCGCGAGGCCGAGAAGCUCGUUUCCCAAAAGAUCCACCCCCAGACCAUCAUCGAAGGGUAUCGGAUAGCGAGUCAAGCAGCGCUGAAGGCGUUGGAGGGGUCUGCGGUGGACCAUAGCAACAACCCAGAAGCGUUCAAGAAGGAUCUCCAAGCAAUUGCCCGGACAACUCUCAGUUCCAAGGUGCUCGCCCAGGAUCGGGACCACUUUUCCAAGUUGGCAGUUGAGGCCGUGCUGCGGCUAAAGGGCUCCCCCGAUCUCAGCAACAUUCAGAUCAUCAAGAAGGCUGGCGGUAAGCUCAGCGAGUCGUACCUUGACGAGGGGUUCAUCUUGGACAAGAAGAUCGGCGUGAACCAACCGAAGCGUCUGGAGAAGGCCAAGAUUCUCGUCGCCAACACGUCCAUGGACACGGACAAGGUCAAGAUCUUCGGUGCUCAGCUCAAGGUUAGCUCGACCAGCAAGCUGGCGGAACUCGAGCGGGCAGAACGCGAGAAGAUGAAGGCCAAGGUGGACAAGAUCAAGGCGCACGGCAUUAACUGCUUCAUCAACCGGCAACUGAUCUACAACUGGCCCGAGCAGCUCUUUACCGACGCGGGGAUCAUGUCGAUCGAACACGCCGACUUCGACGGCAUCGAGCGCCUCGCCCUCGUCACUGGUGGCGAGAUCGCGUCCACUUUUGACCACCCGGAGCAGGUUAAGCUCGGCCAGUGCGACUUGAUCGAGGAGGUUUUGAUUGGCGAGGACACGCUGAUCAAGUUUUCGGGCGUGGCCGCGGGCCAGGCCUGCACGAUCGUUCUCCGUGGUGCUACGGAUCAGCUGCUGGACGAGGCCGAGCGCAGUCUACACGACGCGCUAGCGGUGUUGUCACAAACGGUCAAGGAGCCGCGCACUACGCUCGGUGGUGGCUGCGCCGAGAUGCUCAUGGCGAAGGCGGUCGAGGGAGCGGCGACGCGUGUCGAGGGUAAGAAGCAGACGGCCGUGGCCGCGUUCGCCGUCGCGCUACGCCAGCUGCCUACGAUCCUUGCGGACAACGCCGGUCUCGACUCGGGCGACCUCGUCGCACGGCUGCGUAAGGCGAUCUACGAUGGCCUGUCGACGUACGGGUUGGACCUGAUGACGCCUGGUGGGGGUGUUGCAGAUAUGCGUGACCUUGGUGUGAUUGAGAGCUACAAGCUCAAGAGGGCGGUGGUCAACUCGGCGAGCGAGGCCGCAGAGCUCCUGCUCCGUGUAGACGACAUAAUAAGAGCGGCACCGAGGAGGCGGGAGAGGAACUAA